AUGGCCGAAUAUCUUCUUUCACAUGGUGCAAACGUCAAUGAAAAAAAUAAAUAUGGAGAAACUGUUCUUCAUAAAGCAAUAAAAAAUAAUAAUAAAGAAAUGGCCGAAUUUCUUCUUUCACAUGGUGCAAAUAUCAAUGAAAAAGAUAACUUAUCAGAAACUGCGCUUCAUAGCGCAGCAGGAAAAAGUAAUAAAGAUAUGAUCGAAUUUCUCCUUUCACAUGGUGCAAAUAUCCUUGAAAAAAUAUUUUUAAUGAUACUGUUCUUCAUAAAGCAAUCGAAAAUGAUCGUGAUAAAGGUAUAA